GCCCCUGCUGUGGCCCCUGGUCCUGGAGGCCCGUGGGAAGCCGUGCUGUGACCCGUGAUCUGCUCCUGGCCCUGGAGGUUAUUGGGGGCCCUGCUGUAGCCCCUCAUCUGCCUGUGGGCUUGGGGUCCAGAUGGCCUUAAUGGGAGCCCCAGCUGUGACCCUGGUCUGAGGUGGCCUUGGGUGGCAGCCAGGGCAGGAGGAAAGAUCUGAGGGCAAAGUAGACGAUUGUCACUGAGCUGUCUUUAAAGCAAGAGGAGGAAAGCAGGUGUUUCAGCAUCUUUAGUAAAAGCAGAGUUCCUGCAGCCCUUCUGUAGUGUUUGGGCAGUGAUUUAACCGGUUUAGGGAUUGUUCAGAGCUGUGUUUGGACACUUAACAGCAUGAGGAGAGUGGUGAGCAGGGCUGGUGCCUGUGCUGUACCAGCUGCAAACCAAAAGGAAAGCUGAAAUCCGUACUUUCCCCUGUGUCUUGGGGAGUUUUGCACCUUGUUGAUUGAAGUUUAUCAUUUGUUGAAGCGUGGGAGAGGAGCUGCUUUAGUGCCGUUGAAAAGAACACUGAGAGAAUGCAUUGAUCUGGCAGUAAAACCAUGCUGUGGUUCGACUUCCCUUUUGAGAGAGAGCAGGGUUCCACCAGUCCCUAGAGCAGCUCUUCACCCGACACAUUACUUGCCUGCUGGUUUGUCAGUAGCAAUGAUGUUAGCAGCCUUUUUUGCUUUUAACUCUUAAUCAAAUGAGGGUUUUAUUUUCAAUUACAAUUACAACAGCUGCAGUUGCCACACAGAUGCCACUUCUGUAAAAUGAAGAGUAAAGGAGUUGCUCCUCGAAAUCCUCAGCAAGGCCCCAACAAUCUUAAUGAAGAUAUAGAGCUCUAUUCCUCCUUGGUUUUGUAUUUGGUAUGGAAGCGAUGAUUAAAUGAUGACUCUGUGUGUCUGGCUGUAGCCCAGCCACGGACCAGAAUUCUGCUCUCUGUUUUUCAGACUGGAGUGUGAGUAAUAAGGGGGCUGCACAGUUUCCCUCUCGGCUGCAUUGGAAGGCCCUAAAGGGAGAGAGAAGGUCGGAGGCUGUGGUCUCCUUAAAUCAGUAAAUUCACUUGUACAUGCUCCGCUUCAAGAUUUGAAAAGUGGACUGGUUACACAGUGUUGAAUCCUGCUAAACGGGAUAUCGGCACAUCAUUGAAUGGUUCUCAUGAUUUUAUAGGCAACACAGCAAAAAUCUUGAAGGCUGAGAAUGAAUUUGGGGAUGGAAGGAUUUGCUUGCCAAAGGAAAGCUCUCAUCAUCUGGAAAGACAGCAAAGGAGCAAACGCAUUCUGCUGCUGCUUUUAUUUUGUAAGAUGAUAACAGAGGAAGAGUUUCCUGGACUGAUUAGGGAAAAGAAUCAGCCCUUCUCGUGGCUGCCCUAUUCAGUAUUAAGAAGGUAUUUUGUGAAGAUGGCUUGGGCAUGGACUUUCUGGCUUCUGCUGCCCUUUAUUGCAGUCACCACCUACCAAUUUGCUGAGACGAAGUACAUUUAUGGUCCCACGAAGAGGGCUUUGGCAGCACUGCGGCGGCUCAGCGCGCUGCUGGUGGGCACAGCUAUAUGGUACGUCUGCACCGGGCUCUUCAUGUAUAUCGAGAAUCUCACCGGCACGUGCUCUACUUCGGGGAAACUCAGUGAGCCUCACCGGCUCUACGCCACCAAGCAGGAGUGCCAGCAGGACAAUGGGAUCUGGAAUGGUUUUGAUAUCUCAGGGCACUGCUUUCUGCUCUCGUACUGUGCUCUGAUGAUUAUGGAGGAAGUGGCUGUGCUGGAAGGCUUGUCCAUAGACUUGAACUCUAAGCUGCAUGUUGUGAUCAACAGCCUGUUUGUUUCAUUGUGUUUUCUCACCAUGAUCUGGGUGUUCAUGUUUCUCUGUACUGCAGUGUAUUUCCAUGACUUCAGUCAAAAGCUUCUCGGUGUGCUGAUAGGUCUGGCAGCCUGGUACGGGACGUACAGAUUUUGGUACCUGAAACCCUUUUCUCCUGGACUGCCUCUUCCAAAUAUACCUUUUAGUUCAAAGAAAUAUAGUUAUAGCAGGUAAAAUAAGUUUUAAAAAUUCAGGGUGUUGCUUUCAGUACUGCAGUAGUUGAAUGUAGGAAUGGUUGAUGUAUUCCUACUGUAAGGAACAAAGUAAUGGGCUGAAGGAAACCAAAUCUGUAAUACCUGGUGGCUGGCAGGUGGUGUCUUACUUGGGAGAAAAAAAAAAAAUGGUAUGGGAAGAGGUCUGCUCUCAUUUAGGAGCUGCUGACUGGCAUUCUCAGCAAAGAAAUCAGAAGUUGGAUCUGUUUCUCUAGCUAAUAAAUGGAGGAGCAGGGCCUGGGCUGACAGAAGCUUUUUCUCUUUGAGAGCUUGAUUGAUCUCAAACUAAUUCUCCCUCUUUCUUUUUUAUUUAUUUGUGUCAAAAUAUCAUGGUUGAUCCAAGCCUAAUACUCCUUGGGUUUUUUAAUACUCUUAUUUGUAUCACCUUAUGACAAGGCUCUGAGAACUACAAUAUUGCCAAGUGUUGGAAAAAUAUCACUGCUUGUUAAAGCAGUAAAUAGCUCUGUUGUGAAACUAGAACAUCUCAUGUUAUCAAGUGUUCUAUACGCUGACUUGCCACAAAUGCUUCUUAGUUGUCUGCAACUUCUGCAACAAAGAGACUGAGUCUGAGAUGUAAUAACUUAAGCAGACUGACUAAAUCUGUGCUUGCCUUUGCCAAGAAGUCUUUAAAAACAAGCCUUAACUUUCCCCUUAAGUGAAGUGUCUGUAAUAAUAUUUUGGCAUUUUAUUUGUAAGACAAAACCCAAACUCCUUCCAGUUUUGCUAGAAAAGUCUAAUAUGAGAAUUGGGGGUGUAUGUUUUUUUAAACCUUACGAGUGGCACACUUUGCAACAAUGGCUGCUUUGUAGUGUGUUUCUUCUUGAAGAAUGAUGAAAUUCUGGUGUUAUGAAUGAGUUAGCCUAACCUGCUAUUUAAAUGAAGGACAUAGCUUAUCCGAAGAGCUGCAAAGCAAUGUGCUUGAAGCAAUACUUAUGCUUGCUUAUCCAGCAAUAUCAAUAAGCUACUUAAUUUUGAUUGCA